UUCGAUAAUUUUUUUAAUGUUUCAAACGAGCUUGUGUAUUUGUUUGUUGCAUGUUCUGAAAGCAAAAAUAGCCGGCUAAAUUGCAAUACAAUACAACGAUCAUGCGGUUGUAAACAAAUCGCGCUGCAAAAUAAAGCCGUCCGGCAACACCACUACUCACACACACCACGUGGAGAUGGGGGUUAAUCAAACAACCCCUUCCACUAUCGAUCAUACAUAAUCAUAAGUGAAUUACACUCGAUUGCGAUAAAGGUAGUAUGUGUGUUUUGUUCUAUAACUCCCCAUCAGUGUGUGUGUUAGUGUACGAUGAAUAGCGGGGGGAUGAUGAUAUCGCCUUCUAAUAAAAUCACCCCCAACAAACCCCACAAAAAACAUGCGCGCGCGCGCGCUCACGAAAUCGUGAAGAGGGCGUCACGUGAAGGAAGGGAAGUACGUUUUUUGACAGCGACCCACCACUUCGCAACCUGAUGAAAUGAUUCACCCGGCUACGUAUGGCGAUGUGUUAGAUCCAUCUAUCCAGUUCGAUAUUUCCACACUGAACGGAGCACAACCGUUUUGUGUGGAAGAAGAGUGUUGCUACUGCUGUACCGUCGAUUGACGCAAUCAUGGAGCGGUGGUAGUAGCGUGUGAAUGUGCCGUUUCCUUUCCCACCAUCAUCGUGUGCAAGGGUGAUUCUUGCACUGCGGCGGACCGGUUUGUACUUCAGAGACAAUUGUGUACUUGAGCCCAUAAUUAGCUGCCGUAACUAGAGUGAGAGAAAACAUAAAAAAAUGCCUCCGAAGUAACGCAAAACGGAAGGAAGUUCCCGCAGUCGACAGCACUACGGCAAUCCAUCAUUAGUGUGCCUUAAAUCAAAGUAACGCUUACUACACCCAAUCAGUGUACAUACGAAAAUCGACCGGAGUGGGAAGUUCUGCGAACGGCACACACCUUACAUCCGGACGCUUCAACAUGACUACCUCAAGCUGGGACAAAUUUGUGCUGCUACUGUGGAAGAAUUGGAUCAUACAGAAGCGACACUAUGCGCAGACGGUUUUCGAAGUGACCAUACCGGUGCUGGCUUGUUCGCUGCUCAUACUCGUCCGGGGUCUCGUAACGCCUACCAUCUACACCGAACCGACGACCUUCGGCAGCUUAAAUGUUCAAAGUUUGGCCAUGAUACGGGAGAUGGUAACGAACCACCCGAUCAAUUUGAAAAUUGUCUACUCACCGCGCAAUGACGUGCUCGAACGCCUUGUUGGCCGUGCAGCAAGAAUGCUCGGCACCGAUGUCCUUCACCAGGGCUACAACGAUAGCGAAAGCAUGUACAAGGAUCUCGUCACGCAUAACUACCUAGCGGGAUUAGAGUUUGCCGAGGAGUUCACGAACGCUACAAGCCUGCCGGACAGGGUUGAUGUUGCCGUUCGGUUUCCGAGCGAGAUGCGUACGACAACCCUACCCGGGGCACAGUUUUGGGCGAACUGGCGCACUUUCCUGAUAUUUCCACAGUUUCAAGUGUACGGUGCGCGUAACAUCAACGUCAGUGAUGGUGGCUAUCCGGCAAAUUACUACGCGGAAGGUUUUGCCUCCGUCCAGAAUGCGAUCAGUCGUGCGGUGCUGGAGCUGCGUAGCGAUCGUAACAGUUCACUGCCACACGUGCACCUUAGGCGUUUCCCUUAUCCGGCUUUUUACGAUGAUCCGCUGCUGCGUGGUUUGGAAAAUCUGUUCCCCUCUAUCAUCAUGGUUGCGUUCUUCUAUUCUUGCAUCAACACGGUUAAGUUCAUCACGCUGGAGAAGGAAAAACAACUGAAGGAAUCGAUGAAGGUGAUGGGACUUGAUGGAUGGAUACACUGGGUGGCCUGGUUUGUGCGCACCCUGACGCUACUUACUGUGUCCAUCACGCUCGUCACCGUAUUGCUGAGCUGUAACCUUACCACCAACACGAAGGUGGCAAUUUUCCAGUUCUCCAAUCGCUUCCUGAUCUGGCUGUUUCUGUUCGUGUACAGCAUCACGACAAUAAUGCUGUGCUUCAUGGUUAGCACCUUCUUCUCCAAAGCGAACAUUGCCUCAGGUAUUGCUGGAAUUGUGUGGUUCUACUCACUCACCCCGUUUCAGCUAACGUUUGGAAACUACGAUCGGAUGUCACUCGGGGCAAAGCUUGGCUCGAGCCUCUGGAGUAAUACGGCCAUGGGAUACGGUGUGAUGCUUUUCAUGAAACACGAAGGCACUUCGAUCGGGCUGCAGUGGGAUAACCUUUUAACGCCCGUCACCGUUGAUGAUCGACUUACGAUGGCGCACAUCUUCGCCAUACUACUAGUCGAUGCCGCACUCUAUCUCGCCGUAGCUCUGUACGUAGAGCAGAUCGCACCGGGACAGUUUGGUGUACCGCGCAGGUGGAAUUUCAUUUUCACCGCAAACUUCUGGCUGCAGGAAGUAUUUCAACGAAAGGCAACACGCGACGAAUCGGGUGCCACAACUGUGGACAAUACGUUGGAAAGCGAAAGAUUAAAAUCAACCGGAAGAUACCAUGCGAAUGCAGAGGAAGAACCGAUCGACAAACAGAUCGGUAUUAGUAUGGUAGGUUUAACGAAGGUUUACGACGGGAAAUACUCUGCCCGACCGGCUGUUAGUGGACUUACCGUAAAUUUCUAUCGCGAUCAAAUAACUGUCCUGCUGGGACACAACGGUGCAGGCAAAACGACCACCAUGGGUAUGUUGACGGGGAUGUACCCUCCGACAUCGGGAUACGCUACGAUCGAGGGCCACCGAAUCGGUGGUACCGCCGUGAACCGAUUCCGCAAUACGCUCGGAUUCUGUCCCCAGCACAACGUUCUAUUCAACGAGCUUACCGUGGCAGAACACAUUCGAUUCUUUGCCAGACUUAAAGGCAUCCGGCAGGAGGAGUACAUUAAGACGGAAAUCGAUAAAUAUGUUCGGGCGCUAGGGCUCGAAUCCAAACGCGACGACCAAUCACACACCCUUUCCGGCGGUAUGAAGAGAAAACUUUCACUCGCUGUCGCACUGUGUGGUGGUUCGCGUGUGGUAUUCUGUGACGAACCAACGUCCGGAAUGGACCCGGGUGCUCGGCGCAUCGUAUGGGAUCUGCUGCAGCAGGAGAAGCGUGAUCGUACGAUCGUUCUGUCCACACACUUUAUGGACGAAGCGGAUGUGCUGGGCGAUCGUAUCGCUGUUAUGUGCGAUGGCGAGCUUCGUGCGGUUGGCACACCAUUUUUCUUGAAGAAACGUUUCGGAGCUGGAUAUCGAUUGGUGUGCGUAAAGGGUCCCGACUGUCAGCCGGAGGUGCUUACGAAGCUACUGCGCCAGUACGUACCGGACGUGGUGAUUGAGUCCGAUAUUGGGACGGAGUUGAGUUUGCGGCUUCACGAACAAUACCGUGGCAUGUUUCAGCCAGCGCUGGAAGCACUUGAACAAAACGUCGAAAAGUGUGGCAUCUCAAGCUAUGGUAUUGCAUUGUCCACAUUGGAGGAAGUUUUUAUGAGGUUGGGUAGCGAUGAAGGUAACACUGAUGAACUUCAGCUCACCGCUAAUGGAACGGAGUCAAGCGAUAAGCGACAUCUAAAGAACGGUACACAUCAUCCGAUGCCACCUCCAAUAACUAUCACGGAAACAUAUGAGCUACAAACGGGCUCAAAGCUUCUGUGGAGUCAGAUCCGUGCUAUGUUCUGCAAGAAGUAUCUCAGCUUUAUCCGUUCGUGGAAGAUAUCCACCCUCCAGAUACUACUGCCAAUGAUGUUUGUCCUGCUCGUUAUCGCCAUUGUACGAUUCUUUCCCAACAAUGUUGUUCUGCCACCAUUGGAAAUUACACUCACAAGCUACGAUCGUACCAGUACCGUCCUGUCGACAAGCGUUCGAAAUGCACCGAUCGUUGCCGCGUAUGAAGAAACGAUUAAGCAUUCUUCGGGCUCUGGACAUCAUACACUCACCGUGACGGAGCGCAAUUUCACUGAAUUUAUAUUGCAAAAGUCAACGGAAAAUAUUCGAACGGUGGAUAAUACGUUCAUGAUUGGAGCGUCCUUAGAUGUGAUAAAUCGUAACUUCACUGCUUGGUUCAAUAACAAAGCGUACCACACGGCUCCGCUGUCGCUUAGCGUGCUCUACAAUGCACUUGCACGGACCAUCUGCACCAACUGCAGCAUCACUGUGACGAACAAACCACUUCCAUACAGCAGUCAUGUUCGAUUCCUGCGUACCCAGUCUGGAAGUAAUCUAGGUUUCCAGCUUGCCUUUAACACCGGUUUUGCGAUGGCCUUCGUCGGUGCCCUCUACAUCCUUUACUACGUACGUGAACGCGCAUCCGGGUCGAAGCUUUUGCAGUUUGUAAGCGGCGUGAAUGCGAUCACGUUUUGGGGUAUUUCCUUUCUAUGGGAUUUUGGUGUGUACUGCGUGGCGAUGGCAUUAUACAUCGGUACGUUGGCUGCCUUCGGUGAGGAAGGUUGGUCCACACCGGAGGAGCUUGGUCGUGUUGUGAUUGUGUUCGUUUGCUUCGGACUGGCGGUCAUUCCGUUCACGUACCUCGGUGCGUACUGUUUCGAUGUGCCGUCGACCGGUUUCAUCAAGAUGCUGAUCUUCAAUAUCUUCACCGGGACGGUCAUGUUUACGGCGGUGUUUCUGCUGAAGGUGAAGGACUUUGAUCUGCGCCACGUGGCAGAAACAAUGGAGUGGAUUUAUAUGGUGUUUCCACUGUUUGCGCUCAGCCACAGCUUGAACAAUAUCAACGUGAUGGAAACGACGAGACAGAUCUGCGAUGCGUACUGCGAUGCGAUGCCGUUCUGUACCCCUCAGUUGGCCUGCAAAUUUAAUGAACUAUGCUGCGAUGUGGAAAUAUUUUCAUUCAAUCCGCGAGGAAUCAAUCGAAAUCUGACUUACCUGAUAGGUGUUUCGGUACUUUCGUUUGUGGUUUUGCUACUUAAAGAGUACCGUGCUUUCGCCGGGAUAAAUCUCUCCACAUGCAUGCCCGAUCAGUGGCAAUGUUCCAAUAGACAUCGUAAGACAGCGAUCACAACUGAAGAAAUGGAAUCCAUUGCAAUCGGUGAAGAUUCAGACGUUGCUGACGAGCGUACCAGAGUGGAUCGUUUGUAUGAAGAACGGGAGCAUCAAUCGCCUACAGGGCGGGCUUUGUUAAUGUUGCGCGAUCUCACGAAACGUUACAGCAGUGCUAAACCACCCGCAGUCGAUCGGCUUACAUUUGCGGCCGGUGGACGGGAAUGUUUCGGACUGUUGGGUGUAAACGGCGCCGGUAAAACGUCCACCUUCCGGAUGCUAACUGGCGAUCGACGCAUUACCGCCGGUGAUGCAUGGGUCGUUGGAUACAGUUUGCGUACGCAAUUACCCGCUGUUUACCGGAAGAUCGGUUACUGUCCACAAUUUGACGCUCUGCUCGAAGAUCUGACUGGUCGGGAAACGUUGCGUAUCUUUGCCCGUUUGCGUGGCAUACCGGAACAGUCAAUUGACUCGAUCGCGGACAGGCUUGCGGUGGAACUACACUUUGCUGCCCAUCUGGACAAGCGCGUGCAGGCGUACAGUGGAGGAACGCGAAGGAAGCUAAGUACCGCACUGGCGCUGCUUGGCGAUCCAGCUAUAGUGUAUCUGGACGAACCAACCACAGGAAUGGAUCCGGGUGCGAAGCGUCAUUUCUGGAACGUGAUGUGUCGGGUACGGUCGGAAGGUAGAACCGCCCUAGUGCUAACGUCACACAGUAUGGAGGAGUGCGAAGCUCUUUGCUCACGGCUGGCAAUCAUGGUGAACGGGGAGUUCCGCUGUAUAGGGUCGGCUCAGCAUCUGAAAAAUAAAUUCUCCCACGGCUACUUUCUCACCAUGAAGCUUAAAUGGACCGGCGAUGGAUCGCGCACAGAAGCCGAAAGGAACAAGCAAGCGAUCAAAUCGUUUAUGCAGCAAACCUUCGCAGUCGGCUCUGCUCGAGAUGGUGGUGGCAGUGGAGCCAUCCUCAAGGAAGAAUAUCACAACUACCUCACCUAUCACAUCCGGGACACCGGGCAUCGCUGGUCGGAGAUGUUUGGCGUGCUUGAAGCGGCGCGGGAACAGCUGCAGCUUGAAGACUACGCCCUCGGGCAAACGUCACUCGAACAAGUGUUCCUUACACUAACCGCUAAUCAGCGCAUCAGCAACGAAUCAUAGUUGAAUCUCAAUCAGGACGCGUAGCCUCAAACUGCUGCUGCUUUCUCAAUUAAUUCUAUUAUUCUGGCAUCCGGGCCGGAACAGAGUGACAAUAUACAGCAACGGAACGAAUUAGAUGCCUUCUCUUACACCAUUUCUAGUCUAAUUUUCUCUUCUUUCCACAACCCGAUGGUGAUCUUUGGUGCACGUAAUUUAGCUCGAAUAAAUAGAUUGUAAUAAUGGGUAGACCGCAUGUGAUCACAACUUAAUUACCGAGUAGUAUUGUCGCUUCAGGAAGCAGACGCUAAUAAAGUUGUUGUGUUUGGACGAAAAGUUAA